AUGUCACUCACUAACGGGAUCUAUUAUGAUUGCCUCGUUAGCCACAGAGCCACGCGCCGGUAUAACAUCUGCGCCGAGCGUGAUUCACGACGUUUGACUCGGCUGCCCGCGAAUUCGCCGCGACAGCGGCUGACGUCCCCAAGGCUGAAUUUCGUCAAAAUGCACUACUUGCUACCUGACUACUACAUCACACACAGUCGACAUAAGGCGGACCUUCAGCAACAGACGCGCAGAAGUAGGCCGUUGCGCCCACCAGCAUCUGUCACUCUGCCCAGCGACGCGCAUACGCUGAUAGGAAUUCGUGGACGGCGAACGUAUCCGCAGGUGCGGCUGGCGUAUUCCGUGACACGUAUCAUCGGAAUGCUGGACAUGGUACCUGAAUACAGCGUGAUUCGCCUGAUUGAACAGUCGGCACCGAGGCACGAUUUGCUUGCGGGGUGCUCUGACCACGCGCUCACCCCCGGUCAAACCGCUGAAAUCCGUGAAAAUACGCGCCGAUAUGUAUGUACGAUUGGCAUUGACUGCGUCAACUUACUGAAAGCGGACUUCUGCGCGGAUGCAACUGCCAACCAGACCGACAGAAAUGAAGCACCACAAUAG